UUGUAGUCACUUUCGUCACUUGACGCCGAAACUAAAGUUUGUUUCUUACGCGCAUCCAUCCGCUUCAAUGACGAAGGGAACGGGGAGUUUCGGAAAGAGGAGGAACAAGAGUCACACUCUCUGUGUCAGAUGUGGUCGCCGCAGUUUCCACAUCCAGAAGAGCCGUUGCUCCGCCUGCGCUUACCCCGCCGCUCGCAAGAGGACCUACAACUGGAGUGUGAAGGCAAUCCGUAGAAAGACUACAGGAACAGGAAGGAUGAGGUAUCUUCGCAAUGUGCCUCGCAGGUUCAAGACCGGUUUCAGAGAGGGUACCGAAGCUAAGCCAAGGAACAAGGCAGCGGCUUCAUCAGCUUAAACUUUAGUUUUUGUGCUUCUGAGUUUGUUCGCAGGAUUACUAUUAUUGAUCAUUUGAUUAGUAAUAUCUUUCCUUGUGUUUUGUACUUCUUUUUAUAAAAAAAGUUUUGAACUUGGAUGAGAUUUCUUUUGCCUUUGCAAUUUGCAAGGCUCUUAUUCCAUUAUGUAUUUUGUGUUAGACCAUGCAUCUAGGUUCGAUCGUCCUUUAUCGACUGUGUC